GGCAGCAGCAGCAGCAGCUGCGGUGGUGGCGGCGGCGGCGGCGGAGCGGCCCACUUCAGGUCUCCAUGGCAACAGAGCGUGAACGUGUUCGGCUCGUGGAGCAGGCCGGAGUGUGUCGAGGAGCUGCACCAGCAGGCGCAGCUCAACCUCCAGAGCCUGCUGCAAGACUUUGAGGAGCAGUUAUACGACACCAAGCUGACCGGUCAGACUUUCCGGCAUCCGUCCUCGCAGAGCUCCGACGACACGUCCACCUCGCUCAGCCGGUCGCCGAUCUCCAUCAACAACAAGAGACCCGACUUCAUCUUCCUGCCGGCGUCCAAGCAGCUCUACGAAGAUGAAACCACCUCCUCUGUGUUUGGACUGAGGUCCAUGACCGACCCGUCUCCCUCCCCGACCCCGUCGCCUUGCGGUUCGGAUCGCCCUCAGCUGGGUUGGAGUAGUAACAACAGCAGCAGCAGUACCGCCACUUCUGCUACCGUAGGACCGCCGGUCGCAGAGAAACCACGCUGGCACUUUGGGAGACGAACGCCGGGUCACUUUAUACCGCUUGACGUCACGGGUGAAGGGGGAGGAGGAGGAGGAGUGAAAUUCCACGGCGUCGACCUCCUGCAGCACUCCCCGUCCCCAUCCCCCUCUCCGGGGGACCCCUUCCCCCACCAGCCCCGCUCCCUGGAACCUGUCACGGACACUUUCCACCAGAACCUCCCCCUGAGGAAGACGCACUCUGACCUCGACGCAACCUCACCUGCAGAUAACACUUUGGAGCAGCGUGCACCAGACCGACUUCAUCUAAGCGCUAUGGACCACUCGGGGCUGCUGUGUUCAAACACACCCUCCGCUUCUUGGAACGGACCUAAGGGCUCCACCUUUUCUCCUGGAGCGUGGAACGAACCUUACAAUUACACAGUGAAUAAAGGCCCGGCGGUUCCGCCCAAACAGCACAGCAUCAUUGGUAACACGGGAGCGGGUGCACAGGACGGGGUGAUGUUGGUGAACUCAGGACAGUCGGCGAGCUCACAUUCCAGUUCGUUCACCUCGGUGACAAACCUCUCCAGGAGAGGAGGGAAUAACAUGCCGGGGAUUUCACUGGCGGCGGCGAUGAUGGGGAAGCGGAGCGAGACGGAAGGGGCUGCAGCAGACGGAGGGAGAGGUGGAGGAGGUGGAGCUGUGGAACCAGCGAGAGGACGGGAGAGGUCGGCACGGUCCAUAGCAGCCGCGAAUGCCUUCAAAUUUCGUGAGCGUUCCCUUUCCACGCCCACGGAUUCUGGUUCCUUCUGCUUUACAGAAGGCCAGUCAGACGGGAACAAUUUGUCUACGGGGAACGGGAAUGCCAUGGCAAUAACAGACCACCAACAACAGCAUCAUAACUUCCUGGGUUUGGGUGAGAACUACGCCCUUCUCUACCCUCGAGGGAGCUCAGAAGACAGCACCAGUACGGCAGACACAAUCUCUGUCACCGCUUCAGACUACAGCGCCGAUGGCCGGUUGCGCCUACGCUCCCGCUCCAUCUCGCUCAAGAAAUCCAAGCGCAAGCCGCCACCUCCUGUGAGGAGCGUCUCUCUUAUGAAGAACCUUGGAGAAGCCGAUGGGAGAAUACACCACGAAGGCAGUCUUUACCGGGACGGUCGGCCAAAGAGCCUACACAUCCCCAGGGACCACUUCCCAGACUUCCAGCCAGAUUUCCUCCUACCCAGCUCAUCCUGCUCCUCUAAACCCAGUGUUGUUGAGCGGGAGAUGGGUCAUGGAGGCCCUGAUGGACCUCCAAGUCUGGAGGUUCAGGCACCAGACAGGGAGGGAGAGACGGAGCUGACCUUUCCCACUCACUGGCAGCUGGGGGAGUGGAAAAAUGACCCUUACAGGUCUCUAUCAGGCUCGAGCACAGCAACAGGUACCACAGUGAUUGAAUGUAUGAAAGUCAGAGGCAGCUCAGAGUCCCUGCUUGAUUCUCCCUCCACCUCCAGAGCCACCUCGCCCUCGCAGCUCUCCAUGGAAACUGACAUCAAAGCAUCCUCGCCCUUCAAACCCCCAGGACUUAUGUCCCCGUCAAGUGGCUAUUCCAGUCAGUCAGAGACUCCCACACCGACUGUUCCACAAAUGGCAGGUCACGGGACAACAGGGACAAUUGGGACAUUGGGGUGCAAGUUGCGCCCGAAGAUCCCAGAAAGGAAAUCGUCACUACCGUCACCCAAGGACCCGACUGCAAGGUCUAGACUGUCCUUUGAAAUGCCCGGGAAUGCACAUCUGGAGCUAUCAUCAAUCAAGCCAAAGCAAAAGGCCAGCAGACGGCAUUCUGACACCUCAACGGCAGCAAAACCGGGAAAGAUCAGCCCCAGCUCUUCACAGGCAUUGCCUGUUGUUACCCAGAAUGAGCUGAAAACUGUCCGGCUUCGCUCCGUCUCUCGUGGUGACUUGGAGGACUGCCCGGAUGGAGCGUCUGACACCAUCGAGGAAGAGCAACAUGGCCGAGAUCUAGGCGAGGACCCCAGCCCACCACCCACUCUACCAAAACCCAAACCACCUGUCGCUGUUAAGCCCCCGUUGCCCAAGCGGCCUCUAAACCUCCUCCUCAAGUCUCCUUCCCCAUCUUCCACUUCCCCCCAAGCCCCCGACUCACCUCCUGCCUCACCUGUGGAUCGGCCUGUCCCUCUAGGCAACAUCUACAAAGUCAUGAAAAAACCCAAACCCAAAAAACCUCCACCACAAGCUCCAACGAGUCCCUGUGUUCCAGAUUCUACCACGGCUCCACAAACUGCCUAUGAUCAUCCAUUCCUCCCCCUCUCCCAGGCCCUCUUCGAUCUCCCUCCUCUUCCAGACCCCCAGCCUCUUCUGGAAGACCCCGCAAUGGAGCCUGAAUUUGAUGCAGAUGAGAUCCGCCUCGGUCCAGAGGACGGAGGCUCGCUCCCCUCUCCCUGCAGUAACCAGGAGGCCCCAGAGCUCCAGGACAAGAGCAAGACGCUCCCCUCAAGGAUGACAAUCUCCUGUCUGGCAGAGCUGUCAGACAAAAAGAAACCCAAGGUUCCACCACCAGUCCCCAAGAAGCCGAAUGUCCUGCUUCUUCCCUCCUCAGUCCACUCCUCCACCAACGGCAGCACAGAACGCCAGACGCCACAGGCCGAAAGCCCUGUUGGUCUUCGGUCUCCUGUUGGAACCUUCUGCCCAGAGGAGUUCCCAAGUACUCCUAGCGUUCCCGAUAUGCUAGAACAAGAUGAGAACCAUUUGGGAACAGACGAGGAGAGUUCAAAAGAGUCGUCGCUUCAGUCGUCUCUGCAGGAUUCUUCACUUUCAGAGUUGGGAGAGAAAAUGUCCAGCACUGGGAUCGGAGCAGAUGAGUCAGCAGCCAAUGAGAAGACAGUACUCCACAUCGCCGAGGAAACAGAUGACGACUUGUUGGCCAGCACGCCUGCGCCUGCAACACACACCACCGAAGACCUGUUCACUAUUAUUCACAGGUCCAAGCGAAAGGUUCUAGGUCGCAAGGAGCCGACGGACUCCUUCGGCAGCCGCCAGAGCCUGGUGUCCCCAGUGAAGCACAGCACCAGUGGCAGCGACCUCCGAAAUCUGACCUUAGGCAGUCAGAGGUCGAGCUCCCGCAAUGAGAACUUCAUGGCCCUGCUUCAGAAGAAAGGCAGCAAGUCUUCCAGCGGAGGAGCCAGAGUCUCCGCUAUGGAGCUUCUCAAAAGCACAAACCCUCUGGCGCGACGGGUCACAGAGUUUUCAACCACCUCGUCGACGGGCGGCGAGGGAGGCGACGCCGCAUCUGGGAAUGGCAAACCCAAUGAUCAAUGAAGUAUUGUUAACGGACUGUGCCCAGGUCCGUUUGCUGUUGACAAAGCUACCAACAAAUUCUACAAUGUGCCACCCACCGCAGAUGGAGCCUUCUGACUAACAUGUCCAUCCGGAUCGCUCCAACUACUGGUACCAUUUUGCACUGUCCAAUCGAAUUGGAGCACAUUUUUGGACAAAAUGGUCCCUCCAAUGGUUGAAGCGCCAUUGUUCCCAGACAAACCGGUCCCUCUAGGAAAGCGAGAAAUCUGCGGAGAGCAAAGUUUGUUUAAUUGUCAAUGAAAGGUGGAGGUUUAAAGGUUGUGCCUCCACACCGCACCGUGUGGAGACUGGAUGGAUAGAUGGAUGGGUGGAGUAGAUACCGGGAAUAUAAGGAUAUAUAGUGGAUAUCUUUUGCACCUGGCUGAAGACAUCAAGAGUCCCUGAUGACGACAAUGGUCAUUGUAUAUGAAUCUGCAACCAGUCAUACUGAUCCACGAGGAUCAAACGAAUCCAUGAAAUAAAUGGAAUAAAAUACAGAAGAUGUGAGACUUCCAACGAUUCGACCAAAAACCCUUCAAGCACCUACACCUGUAGACCUACAUAAAGUAGGUUUGAAGUCCAAACCCGGGGGCGUCGUUACAGUGUCUCCUCACAAUGGUAAAUGCAAUACCAUGAUUUUCAAACGACAGUACCUUUGGAUUGGAGCGGACGAAGCGCAGGAUUUACAAAGAGAAAAAAGAUGAGGCGCGAGCACGUCACAGAUCGCUGCUCAUGCUACGAACAUGAACGUGGACCUUCACGAAACAUUCCACAGCAAAUGGACGACAUUUUGGAACGCAAGCACUUUUCCUUUUCCUUAACGUCGGAGGUCGUUUACAUGACACAGCCUUUUGCGUCGCUACGUUUUCUUUUUCCUCGAGACAUUCGCCAAUCAUUCUUUUUCCAAUCUUUGUUUCGAUGACUUUAUUUUUUCUUUACACCUGCUAGAUGGCCAUACUUUGAACAUCUCUAAUUGGAUCGUACUGUACGUGUCAUGUACAAAGAUAAAUGUAACACAUCUAUCAGCGAAUAUCGUCUGCGGACACAAAGACUAAAAAUAGUGUACAGAGCAGCAAGCAGCUUGGACUACAAACUGCCCACACGAUGGAGGGAAAACACACUCAAACACACACACACACGCAGAGGAUGGAGUAAUGGAGUAAUGCCAUGGAAGACAAACACAAGUGUGUGUGUUCAUACGGGUGUGUGUGCAGAUGAAAUCUUGCCUGUGGAGUUUCUGUACGGAGAGUAUGAAGCAGGCCUGGUUAUUAAACAGGGUUUUUAUUCAUUUUGGUCUCUGGUGACGGGACCAAAGGACUGAAACUACAAACAGACCAGAGGGGACCUAAUGGUGUGUGUGUGUGUGUGUGUGUGUGUGUGUAUGCAUGAGUUCAUAUGUGCGUAAAGAGCAAAGUGGGGGGAAAGAGAGAGGAGAAAGCGUGCACGUACAUGUGCCUGUUUGUGUGUUUGCGUCUUCACUACGUGUGUGUUUAUCUGGACUGGCACAUAAUCGUGUGUGUGUGUUUGUGUGUGUGCGUGUGUGUGUGUGUGUGUGUGUCUGUGUCUGUGUCAGUGUGUGUGUGUUUGUGUGUGUGCAUCGUCACCCUCCCACACACUCCACCCACCCCCCUCCUUUCUUGGGAUUAAGACAACCGAAGCAGCCCCACCACCUCUCCAACACCAACACAUUACGGAACUCCGAGGAUUCCGGAACUUCAAGGAUUCCGGAACUUCAAGGAUUCCGGAACAAGAAGGAUUCCGGAACUUCAAGGAUUCCGGAACUAGAAGGAUUCCGGAACUAGAAGGAUUCCGGAACUCCAAGGAUUCCGGAAUCCUGAGGGGUUCCUUAAAACCGAUAGGAUUCCAGGACCAAGAGGCUAAAUCAGGAACCAAUGGGAUUACACGGAGGAUGGGAGAGUGUGGAGCCCCAACAGGGAGCCAGAGGACGGAGGUCUGCAGAGUCACAGAGUGACGUCACGGGGGCCAAACUGUUUGUUUUGCCCUCCUCUGUUCACGUUUUCACGCUCCCUCUCUCUCUCUCUGUCGUCUCAGAGGGGAGGUUGCAGUCUGCGACACCGUCCUCCUCCCUCCCUCCCUCCCUCCCUGCGUUCCUCUCCUCCUCCCUUCAUCACUGCUGGAGCACACUCUCCAUCUGUCUCUCUGCGUACAGCAUCUUCUCUCUCUCUCCUGUAACCUCUCCUGGCACACACAGUAGCACACUCUCUUUCUAUCUAGACGUAGCAUCACCUCCCGAUCGCCUUCACUAUCUUCCUCUCCUCCCUCCCUCAUUCCCCCCCACCCCGUCUCUCCCAUCUCUUUUCUCUCUCUCUCCCUCCUCUCCACCUCUCUGCAUUCAGUCUAUGCAUCUGAGCUCGGCAGACGACACGACACCGGAUGAAUGUCAAUGAAUGACUGUUAAGUAAAAUAGAUGCUGUGCUUAGUUUGAGAGUGCAAAAAAACAAACGACAAACAUCUUUCUAUCAGCGCUUAUCUUUUGCCUUCUCUAUUUCUUGUUCUCUCAGUUUUUUUUAUACCCUUUCUUUAUCCAUGUAACAUGGAAUUAACAUGGAGGAAUGAAUGAAUGGAUCUGUGCACAAACACGGAAACAGGCAGGGUUUGAAUGUGUUUUUUCUCGCCUUUCGGACUGUGAACGAAAACACCCUCCCCGUGGUCUUUGACCCCUGACCGACCCUCAGCUCCGAACCACCUCGCGGACGGUCCGAGAAUUUGGGAUUAGCGGUGGUUCAGCUGACUUAUCCCCUGCAUGGAUGGGACCGUGUGGCGGGCAGGAGGGGAACCUUUCAUCUCUUGGCUCAAACUAUCCCACUCGGUGCUAUUGAGUCAGAGCUCCCCCUGGUGGAUGGAAAAAAAAGGAGUAACCACACAAAAAGGAGAGCGACAAACUCUUUGACAAACAUCUCUCUUACCUACAACAGUCCUUCAGGUAUUCCAUCGUCCUGAGAGAAAAAAAAAAGAUUUUAAAUGCAUAAAUUAUCACCAUUUAUGAUGACUAGUCAAGUGACGCUUGUUUUAAAUAUUUAGUGAAUGAAAAAAGAUAAACCUAUAAAACUCUGUGUUUGUUUGCCUUGUAUACUGAAUUCUGGGCGUGUUGCUGCAGCGCCUGCUGUGUUUCUUUUUCUUUUUAUUAUUUUAUUGAUUUCAGCUGCCGUGGUAGGAGAAACACACACACACACACAAACAACCGUACAGUGCAGGUGUAAAAGGGAGAAUUUAUGUUGAAUCUAACCUGUAAAGAAACGUUUGAUGACGAAAACAAAUAUUUGCCCAAAUCUGCAUUCAUGUACACGUAUGACGGAUGUUUUCACGUCAGAUAUCUGAGAUCGGAUACGUGAAACGAGGGCUGCUUGGUCGACUAAAUAUCCGAACUGAACCCACAGAUUUUGUUCCGAGUUUGGGAAGACGGAUCCCCGUGUUGUUCCAGCACAAUAUUAAUAACAGGAAUAGUGUCUUGUUAAAAGAUGUGGAAGCUCUUCAAACCACAGCGUUGUUUCACUUGACAUGUUCAACGUAGCACAUUUUCUUUAACAGGGAUGUAAGUCGAGGUACAAACAGACGUAUAUUGGUGAAAAUCCUUUUUGUAGGGAUACAAUUGUUUAAUAUUGAGAAGAAAAUGUUUUUGUUUUUUGCAGAUUUUACAUAUUUCUUGCACACGAGGCAGAAAUCAGCUCAUUGGUUGGGUGAAUCAUCAACGGGGGCCGAGCCAAAGAACUUACUGCCAACUCGGUGCCAUAUUUUUUUUUUUUUGCUGACAACUGGGACGAUUGGCCCUCGGUGUACUCUGAGAAAGUCUGGUUCCCUUGGCUCCUUCAACCAACCAGUGAGAACGUUUUAGCCCUGAACAGCAGUCCAAGAAAUGUCCAUAGAACUAAAUUACCAAUCUCUAAAAUAUGUUGACAGUAUAUUAUAUUGAGAAUAUCAUUUCUAUAAAGUGUAAAAAGAGAGCUGACACUGAGAAAUAUAUUGAAUAUUUAAUCCAUUAUCCCUUCUUUAAGAGGACGGGUAAGGCAGGGAGGAAGGAUGGUGCAGAGCAAAGGUUUGAUUCUGCUGAAUGUGAGGAUUACCGCCACGUAUUCCAUCAUCUUCCUUCACCUCCUCCCUCCUUUCUUCUUCUCAGCUGUCACGAACAGUAAUCAUGUUAAAAGCUUUUCCCUCUCUCUCUUUCUCUCUCUCUCGCUCACUCGCUUUCUUCCCUGCAAAGCGAUAAAAAAAGGUACGGCAACUCAACGGAGUACAGAGCGGCGAAACCGUUAAUUAAUGUGGUUUCGUUUGUUUACAGUGGGCCUCUGCAGAAACAGCCGAAUAGUUGCUAUGCGACGUGAAUAAAAGCUGUGCUGGUUACGAGAAUAUGACAAAUAAUUAAGUGUUUACAGUAAUCAGAUCUGGAUGAACAAAUCAAACACUCCCAAAUAUAUUCAGUCAAAGACUAAAACAGCUUCUGCAAAAGUCUAAACUAGUAUUUUAGCACUUUGUCCACCACAGUGGGCACAAAAGCUUUUCAAAGCAGGUAUCUCACCUGAGAACCUUCCACCAAAUGUAUGUCUCUACUGCAGGACAAUCAACAAGGCAUAUGCUACUGAACACAGACUUGUGUUGAAUCUAAGCUAACGAAAUGUAUAAUUACAACAAAAUUAAAAAGACCCAACAGUUCCCACCAUGAGCAAGCUCUUGGAGAACUUCCUUUAAGAGGCAGAAACCUCGAGCAGAACCCGGAUCAUUGGUGGACAACCAUCUGCCGCAACAAAGUUGGGUUUUCAAUUCAGGUUCAGGACAUCGUGUUGUGUAAAAACUCGGUAUUCGGGUUCGAUUUGGUUAUUUUCAUAGAUAAUGUAUGAAGAAAUUUCAAACAUUUGCUAGCCGAACUCGACCGACGCCACAGAACUUGGAUAUUUAAGCUGUCGCUCAUCUCGAAGUGCCAAAACUUU